UUGAGUGUGUGAGGCAUGGGCCUGGGUGUUUAUCCCCUCCCAUCCCCUGGGGCUCCUCCCUGGGGGGACCCUUAACAUCGUCAUUAAGACUUUCAACAUUUCCUGAGUGCUUCUGUUCAGUGUGGUUUCCAUGUAUUUACUCACAGACCCCAUGAUGUACGGGCUGGACUCAACAGUACAGAGGUUUCGCGCUCACAUCAUAGUCCAGGAAGCUUGGCAACUAAGAACCUUCAAGAAUAGAACCUGAAUUACCGUAAUGGCCAUCAUUAAAUCAGCGCUCACGGUGGACCAGGCCCUGGGCUAAAGCGCUUUAUAUGGACAAUCGCAUCGGAUCCUUAUGAGGUAUGCCACCGCCACGGGGUGACGUGACCGCCUUGUUCCUGGGGCCUCCGGGCUGUGGCAAGUCCGCGCUGAUUGCAGCGCUGUGCGACGGGAAUGUGGAGACGAUAGAGAUUCCCGAGGGACGGCCGGACUCCGGGAUCCCCAGCCUGCGAGCUGCCGGCCCUGGCCUUUUCCUGGGCGAGCUGAGCUGUCCACCCGCAGCGCCAGGGCCCUGGGCGGCGGAGGCCAAUGUGCUGGUAUUGGUGUUGCCCGGCCCCGACGGGAACGGGGAGCCCUUAGCCCCAGCGCUGGGAGAAGCAGCGCGGGCCGCCCUGGCCGGAGGGACCCCGUUGCUGGCUGUGCGGAACCUCCGUCCUGGAGAUUCGGAAAAUGAAGCUCAGGCCCGGGAUGAGACAGAGGCCCUGCUGAACAGCGCAGGGUUGGGGGCCGCGGCUCUCUUCGUGCUGCCGGCCGACUGCGGCAGCGGAGAUGGCUGCAAGGAAUUGGAGCGCCUGCGGGUGGCGCUGCGGAGCCAGGCGGAGGUGCUGCAAAGGCUCCUUCCACCCGCUCAGGAUGGCUUCGAGGUACUGGGUGCGGCAGAGCUGGAGGCUGUGCGUGAGGCCUUUGAGACCGGUGGCCUGGAGGCGGCGCUGUCGUGGGUUCGCGCUGGCCUGGAGCGCCUGGGCAGCGCGCAACUGGACCUGGCUGUGACCGGCAAGGCAGAUGCGAGCCUUGUGCUGAACAUGCUACUUGGGUUGGAUCCCACUGACCCAGAUGACGAGCCUGUUUUCACGCCCCCGGGGCCCACGCCCUACCCCGCCCCAGAGCGUCCCAACGUGGUGCUCUGGAACGUACCUCUGGGCUCCGCGGGCACUGCUGCCGCCCCCUAUCCGACCCACUACGACGCCCUCAUCCUCGUCACCCCGGGGGCCCCUACUGAGAAGGACUGGGCUGAGGUUCGGCCCUUCGUGCUGCCAGAUGCGCCGCUGGUCUGCGUGCGAACAGACGGUGAGGGCGAGGAUCCAGAGUACCCGGAGGAAGAGGAGAAGGCAGAGAAGCCCAGCUCCGAGAGCUCAGAGAACGCAGGCGGAGAGGGGUUGAAGAAUGCACGCAGUGAGGGAAGGGAGAGCCGUGGCACUGGAUUGCAGAAAGGUAGCGGGGAAGAGUCUGAGAAAGCAGGCAGCGGGGAAGGUUCAGAGAAGGCAGGCAGUGAGAGUUUGCCGCGUGUUGGCGGCGGCGCGAAGAAAUCGGGCAGUGGGGACUCAGAGCGUGCGGCCGCACUGAGCCCGGAGGAUGAGACAUGGGAGGUGCUGGAGGAGGCACCGCCGCCCGUGUUCCCCCUGCGGCCUGGCGGCCUCCCCGGGCUCUGCGAGUGGCUGCGGCGCGCGCUCCCCCCGGCCCAGGCGGGGGCGCUGCUGCUGGCGCUGCCACCUGCGUCUCCCCACGGGGCGCGGAUGAAGGCUGCGGCGCUGCGGGCCGGGGCGUGGCGGCCGGCUCUGCUGGCUAGCCUGGCGGCGGCGGCGGCCCCGGUACCAGGGCUAGGCUGGGCGUGCGACGUGGCGCUGCUGCGGGGCCAGCUGGCAGAGUGGCGGCGGGCGCUGGGGCUCGAACCCGCGGCGCUGGCUCGACGCGAGCGCGCGCUAGGCUUGGCCCCCGGGGAGCUGGCAGAGCGGACGCGCUUCCCGGGCCCCGUGACGCGCGCCGAGGUGGAGGCGAGGCUGGGCGCGUGGGCGGGCGAGGGCACUGCGGGGGGCGCGGCGCUGGGCGCCCUUUCCUUCCUGUGGCCGGCGGGCGGGGCGGCGGCCACCGGCGGCCUGGGUUACCGCGCCGCGCACGGUGUCCUGCUGCAGGCCCUCGACGAGAUGCAGGCCGAUGCCGAGGCGGUGCUGGCACCCCAUUGGCCCGCGCAGUGAGGGGAGGGAUGAGGGUCGGGGCUUCCGGGGUGCUCAGCGUCCGUGCUGCUUGGCUCCACCAGGGGCUGAGGACUCCCAGGUCCCGCUUGGGGGGGGGUUGGGGGUGGAGUUGGGAGUCCAGAAUCUGGCGUCGGAUGUCUGGGCCUCUGAGGUAACAGAGCUGGGGGCCACCACCCAGAAUCCUGGGUGCCUGAAGGCGAUGAGGGCUCUAGGACUACGGACUGGGAUGCGUGACUUGUAGUGUCCUGGAUCCCUAGGUCCUGAAGGGGAGUGGGGUCUGGGGGAGAGAACUGAUUUCCCUGGGGACCGCAGGGCAUGACUCCAGACUGUGUCCUGAAGGAAGUUGAGGGGUUGGACUCCUAGAAGGGGUUCUGUCCUGGUCUCCAGGGGAGUAGAAACUGGAUCUGUUGGUCCUCUAGCCCUGGGAGGGGGGAGAAUAGGUGAAAGCCCUGGUUCCUGAUGAAGAGGGUCUCCAUCAUCCUGGAGAUCCAGUAUGGAGGAAGGAGUCUGGGUACCCCAGGGAGCCGGAAUCCUUGGAACUGCUGAGACACAUGGGGAUAUAGGAUCCAGGCUUCCCAGAGGGAAUGGGUCUGCAUCCAGCCUCCCAGUUCCUCAAGAGGGUGGCUUUGAAUCUUCCCUGGACCUUGGUUUCUAAUUCCUGGGUGGUGGGAGGUCUCCAUCUACAGGAGGGAACAGGGGGCUGUGCAAAAGAGCUGGAGAGCCUUUGGUCCCCCUUGAGGAAUAGAGAGAUACCUAAUAUUUGCUGCUCCAGGGGACUGAUGACCCAGAUUCCUUUCCCAGCUGUUGUGGGGAGGAUGGUCCCACAAAAAUGAGGGGAGGAGGCGAGAGGUCUGGGCAUGGUAGCCAGAGACCAGAAAUGAGGCCUUCUAGGUGUGGAAGGGCAGGAACCCAUACCUCAGAGGUACCUCCCACAAAUCAUGGAUUUCGACCCUGGCAGUUGUCUCUCUCUGUCUGUGUGAGUUUGGGAAGGGAUAUGACUGCCCCUUUUCAUAGGUGCUGAGUGAUUCAGGGGCUCUUUGGUGAGUCUUUUCCUUUGUUCCUCUCUCCCUUAGUGGUUUCUAUCUCUUUUUGGUCUUGAUUUGUUCCGACAUUAAGCCUAACCCUUUCUGGCCUUGGUAUUUUAUACUCCUGCCUUUUUUGGAAAAGCAGCUGUCGUACUGCAGUGAUCCAGACAUUUCUGUGUUGGCGACCUCAGGUGUCACCAAGAGGUUCUGCCUUCUGGUGUACACACAGUGCUGCAGAGGGCAAGAGACCCACAGAAAAGCUAGGGAGCGUUCCAGACCGUGGGAGUGUGCCAUGAGUGAAGCAAAGCCAGAAACCACAGUGCCUGGAAUGUUCUAGGCUGCCAAUGAUAGGUAGAAAAGACGCCACAGGUCACAGAAUUCUUCAGUGUCAACAAACAGAAAGGGAACCGAAAGGCCAUUAAGUAGAGUGAAUCUCUUUUAUGAGAGAUGGGGAGAGCAAAGCCCAGUCAGGGCAGGCUCUAGGCCCAACAGCACACAGCAAGGUCCUACGUGGUCUGGCCCCUGCCUUUUCACAUUCCCUGCCCCCCCCAUCCCCCAACCAGCCUGAUCUUCCUUCUGAUGCCUGGGUGGGCCACCUUGGAUCCUACCCCAGGACCUUUGCAUUUGCUGUUCUUCGUAGAAUGCUCUGCCCCCAGAUCUUCCCAUGGCUGGUUCCUCCUUGUCAAGCAGGUCUCAGCUCACAUGUCCCCCCAGAGAGGCCUUCCCUGACCAGUGUAACUGAAGUAGCUCACACAUCCCCAUUAUUCAUCUCAGCCCGUCAGUGUUUCUCGUGUAGCAAUUAUUACUGUAAACAAUUACCUUAUUUAUUUACCUAUUUAAUAGCUAUGAUCCUCUUACCUGUCUUGUUCUCUGCUCCAUCCCCAGUACCUAGAAGAGUGCCUGACAACACAGUAGGUGCUUAGUAAAUACUGAAUUCAUUAUUCCAUGGCAGACUGGAACUUAGAUUGUCGGCCUCUUGCCACAAGACAGGGGAAAUGAGCGAGGCAGGGAGAAACAAGCAUCUGGUGGGAGAGAAGCUCCUGUCGGAGGUCAGGGGAUCUGGGAAGCAAGCAAGGCCUUGCCACUGGCACUCUGGGUGACUUGGACCAGUGCCUUAUUUUCCCAUCUGCGAAAGGAAAGGGCUGGACGAGAACCCUAAACACUUCCAAGAUCCUAUUUUCUUUAACAGUGGGAGACAGGGGUGACCCAUCUGAGGGGCAGAUACCUGCCAGAUGGUACCCCCGUGUCCAUCUUGAACCCCUACCACUGGCACAAUUUGUCCCCUCGGAGUUGAGAUGGCCGAGGUGGGGAAAAGCAUUUGGCUCCAUACAGAACGGCUUCAGGCAUUGUCCUCAAAGGCCUUUUGGGCUUCAGGGGAGGGUGUUUGCCCAUAUCUGUAAUAUCCAGUACAACACGUGGGGAAGUGGGAGAGGCGCCCAGCAGCGCUGUCCGACAAACGGAAUGUGAGCCGCAUCUGUAACUUGAAAUGUCCCAGCAGCCACAUUAAAAAAGGUAAAAGGAAA